AUAUUCUUUUUGUUUUACGCGAGCGUCUACGAUUUAAUAACAGGUUUCCGUGGAAAAAUACAAAACAAAAUCAAACUAUAAUAACAACACAACGACGAAGACGACGACGACGACGACUGUAGGUACUACAACACUAUAAUAUACAGUACCUACGUACAACGAUACAACACACCGCACGUGUAUUGUAAUAUCAGUACGGUGGGGCGGCGGCGGCGGAUAUAGCAACAAUUGCACUCACCGCCGGCCGACGACUAACUAGUUCAUUCCGUCGGACCACGCGACACCGCAAUAAUAUAUUAUUAUACUCUCGGCAGACGGACCGCUGAUGCUGUGUGCGCGCGACCAUAGACAUACGGAAACCGGUCACGGCUCAUUCGGCGGAGAUCGAUCGCAGAACGUUAUCCUUAGUGCGACCGCAAAGUUCACAAGCGCCGUAUAGUCCGUCACCCUAGGCCCGCCCCUUAGUGUUUGCUUAUAUUAUUUCGGUCGUCAUACCAUCGUACCUUACCUUAUUAUAUUAUUUUAUUUAUUAUUUGGCACUCAAAGAGUGCUCACCCGGAGUUGUAAACCCAUCGUCGCGACCAUGACCGCCGGCGACGAACAACCACGGCCCCCGGUGGGUCGGGCGCAGAGCACCGUCUCGUUCGCGGCGACGACGAUCAACCACCGCGGCGACCAGGGAAACCGCGGUAACCGCAGCGACAACGAGGACGACGACGACAACCACUCGUCCACUUGCAGCAACGACGAUGUGCUACCCGACGAGGAAGAGAUGCCGCUGGUCGAAGCGUCCAGGACGAGGGUAUUCAGCGUGUCCGCCGACAGGCCGAUCACCAGGAUCCCGACCCGGGUCGACAUGAAGACGUUGACGCACAAGGCGAAGCGACCGGCCGUCGACAUCGAAUUCCAUGACCUCACUUACGCCGUAAACACUACAGCGGGACAAAGAACUAUACUGAAAGGCAUAAACGGUUUCUUUCGUUCGGGACACCUGACCGCCAUUAUGGGUCCUUCCGGUGCUGGGAAGAGUUCGCUGAUGAACAUACUCGCUGGAUACGUGAGAAGUGACAUCAAAGGACAAAUUCUUACAAAUGGUCAUCCCAGGAAUAUGCAACUUUUCAAAAAACUUUCCAGUUACAUAAUGCAAGAAGAUCUGCUCCAACCCAGACUUACAGUUAUAGAAUCGUUGAGUUACGCUGCUCGAUUAAAAAUUGGCCGUGAACUAUCGAAAGAAGACAAAGAUAAAGCUGUAAACGAGGUGCUGGAACUCUUAGGGGUAUCGGUGUGCCGUAACACAUAUGUGGAGAAAUUAUCCGGAGGUCAGCGCAAACGUCUAUCCGUGGCCCUCGAGUUGGUCAACAAUCCGCCGGUGAUAUUUCUAGACGAACCCACCACUGGACUGGACAUUGUGGCGAUAAAGCAGUGCGUCACCCUGUUGGUCGAUCUCGCCAAACAAGGAAGGACAGUGGUGUGCACCAUACACCAACCCAGCUCGCCGUUAUUCCACAUGUUCGACCACGUGUACAUGCUGGCCAGAGGCUCUUGUAUUUACAACGGGUCGCCCAAACAAUUGGUGCCGUUCUUGGCGCAGGUCGGACACGUCUGCAAGCCCACCCACAACCCAGCAGAUUUCGUUUUCGAGGUAUUAGACAACGAUACAAUAGUUGACUUAACGAGAGAAAUUCAAAAUGGAAAAGUAAUAUUAUGUGACGAUUUAGACGAAAUGGAAAAUGGAAUGGCAACUUCCAAACUUUGUCGUACCGACACGCUAAUUACAUUACCACCGGUCUUUGAUGACGUACCAGAAGUAGAUCAAAACGAAGCGGAAUACCCGUCAUCUUUCGGUACCCAAUUCUCUAUACUGUUGGCAAGAAAAACCAAACAAUUCUGUAGAAAUACCACUGGACUGUGGAUAUCAUUCUUCCAUCAUACAUUCUCAGCAUUGCUUCUUGGAAGCAUUUACUAUGGAAUUGGAUCAGAUGGUAAUCGACCAUUUGAAAAUUUCAAGUUUUGUAUCAGUGUUAUCGUUUUUUUUGUUUAUACUCACGUCAUGGGUCCAGUACUUACGUUUCCGUCAGAAGUUAAACUAUUACGGCGAGAAUACUUUAAUCAUUGGUAUAGUCUCAAAUCGUACUUCUUUGCAUCCACUAUUACAUCAUUACCAAGUAUGGUGUUAUUUGGAUCGUUAUUCCUUUUAAUUGUAUACUUUAUGUCUGCACAACCAAUAGAGUGGAUUAGAUUCAGCGAGUUUAUGGCUAUAGGUCUAUUUACUGGUUACACAUCCGAAGGAUUGGGCGUUCUCAUCGGGUCAUCUGUAAAAAAUUCCACCGGCGCCGUGAUGACACCCGCGCUGCUGGCGCCAAUGCUCGCGCUGGCCGUCUACGGGAUGGGCUAUGGGCUGGCCAUCGAGCCCAUCAUGGAGUCACUGAUGGCCACCAGCUUCCUGAGGUACGCGCUGGUCGGCGUGUGCACUUCGCUGUUCGGCAACGGGCGCGCCGACAUGGAAUGCCUCAAAGAGGACCUGUACUGCCACUACAAGAACCCGGAACUGCUGCUCCGCGACCUGGGCAUGAGCGGCCGGUCGAUCGUCAACCAGUUCGUCGGGCUGGCCUUGUUCGGGAUGUGCUUCAGGCUGGCCGCAUACUACAUCAUCAAACUGAGGAUGAUGAACAAGCCGCUCCGAAAGAUACCGCUGUACUUCAAGAAGUUCCUGCGAGGGUAAUUGCCUCCCCCCCCUCCGUUGGCGAGAAGAACUUGUCACGCGGUCUACUUAUCCGUUUUGUCGUUAUCACAGUUAUUUAUACAUAAUAAUAUUAUUAUAGUGCUCAGGCCCAAGUUACGUCAUCGAGUUGGUACUUAGAGCGAUGCGACUUAGGCACCGCACAGUACCUUCCCGUUUAUAUAUUGUAAUAUUGUAAUAACGAUGACUAGCAUUUACAUACUAUUAUAAGAUAUUAUAAUAUUAUUUGAACUAAAUGACUCAAUCGCUCGUUCUACACGACGUCCGACGAGUAGGUAUAAUAAUAUGAUUAAUAUUAUGUUACCAAUAUUAGUUUAUAAUAUAUUUUUAUUUAUUCCAUCGAUUUUUAUCACGUCAGUUUCGAUUGAACGUAAUCGACAUGUUAAAUUAUAUUCUGUAAAUUGUAUUUAUGUAUAAUAUUUAUGUGUACCUAUUACCUAUGUCUUGUCUUGUUUUGUUUUGUUUUGUGUACGUUUUAUACCUGUUACGAAGUGUUUUUAGUAUUUUCAGAGCUCAAAAACUUUUCGUAAUUGUCCACAAACAGCUUUAGCUCCUAAAACAUUUAACGUUUUAAUCACAAAAACCCUUCUGGUUUACCGCAAUAUUAUAAAAAUAUCAGAGUAGGGCAUUAUUCGAAUACAUUUUUAAUUAUAUAAAUAACAUUUAGCCGAAUACAUUUUUUUUUGAAUUAUUAUUCAAAUAGAAAUGUAUAAAAAUUAUUUUAAAUUAUUUAUCCGAUUAAUUUUUAAAAAAAUACCAUCGUGUUCAAAUAAUUUUUUAUUCAAUUAAUUGUAAGAAAAUCAAUCCAACAAUUUUUUAUUCGAGUACAUCGUACAUUUUAUUCGAAUAACUAAAUAACUAUUUAGAUAAAAAUUGGUCCAACUCUGAAUAAUUUUAUAGAUACAUUGAACAUUUUAUGGGUCAUGGAAAUAUUUUUGUCACAAACCUCUUGUUUUUUUUUCAACGAUUCGUCUAUCAACGGGUCGGCAUAAUUAGGGUCGUUCAAUGGAUCUGUAUUGUCUGUACUUGAUGCGUGUGCGCCAGAUUCUAAUGAAAUCUAUAAUUGAGAAAAAUAAUUUAACGUCUAAAAAAAUUAAAUCAACACAGAAAAGUAACCUAUCUUCGAUAAACACUUUUAUUUAUCAAUGUAACAAACUAUAUAAUAUUUUUAUUUAUGUUAAGAAAAUACGUUUUGGAUAAGUAUAAUUAUUAUUUAUUUAUUUAUUAUAUUAUAUCUGUACCCGAUGUAUAUUUAUUAGAAAGGAAUAAUUUUGUGUCAGAUGGUAGAAGUUUAUUGAUAUUUAUAUAUAAUAUGUUAAUGUAUCACAAAAUAUUAAUAAAACCACACAAUUAGUAAAAUA